AUGAAGCCCUCCGCAGGGCUGGAGGAAGCCCGCCGGCCAGCCUCGGACAUCCGGGUGUUCGCCAGCAACUGCACCUUGCACGGGCUGGGGCACAUCUUCAGCCCUGGGAGCCCGACCCUGCACAGAGGGCUAUGGGCCACAGCCCUGCUCCUGUCGCUGGCGGCCUUCCUCUACCAGGUGGCUGAGCGAGUGCACUACUAUAGGGAGUUCCACCACGAGACUGCCCUGGAGAAGCGGGAGAGCCACCGGCUCACCUUCCCAGCCGUCACCCUGUGCAACAUCAACCCCCUGCGCCGCUCCCGCCUCACACCCAACGACCUGCACUGGGCCGGGCCUGCGCUCCUGGGCCUGGACCCGGCCGAGCAUGCUGCCUUCCUGCGUGCCCUGGGCCAGCCUCCUGCACCACCCGGCUUCAUGCCCAGCCCCACGUUUGACAUGGCACAGCUCUAUGCCCGCGCCGGCCAUUCCCUGGAGGACAUGCUUCUGGACUGCCGCUAUCGUGGCCAGCCAUGUGGGCCAGAGAACUUCACCAUGAUCUUCACCCGGAUGGGGCAGUGCUACACGUUCAACUCUGGUGCCCAGGGGGCAGAGCUGCUCACCACUCCCAAGGGCGGCGCUGGCAAUGGGUUGGAGAUCAUGCUGGACGUGCAGCAGGAGGAGUAUCUUCCAGUGUGGAAGGACGUGGAAGAGACCCCUUUUGAGGCCGGGAUCCGUGUGCACAUCCAUAGCCAGGAAGAGCCCCCUGCCAUCGACCAGCUGGGCUUUGGGGCACCCCCUGGUCACCAGACUUUUGUGUCUUGCCAGCAGCAGCGGCUGAGCUUCCUGCCACCGCCCUGGGGCGACUGCAGCUCGGUGUUUCUGGAUCCUGACUUAGACCCGGAGCCCUCUGACCCCCUGGGGCCCCCCACCCCAAGCCUGCCUUAUAGCCUAGUAGGGUGUCGCUUGACCUGCGAGACCCGCUACGUGGCUCGGAAGUGCGGUUGUCGCAUGAUGCACAUGCCGGGCAGCGCGCCCGUGUGCAGCCCCCAGCAGUACAAGGACUGCGCCAGCCCGGCCCUGGACGCCAUGCUGCGGAAGGACGCCUGCGCCUGCCCCAACCCGUGCGCAGCCACGCGCUACGCCAAGGAGCUCUCCAUGGUGCGGAUCCCCAGCCGCGCCGCCGCGCGCUACCUGGCCCGGAAAUACAACCGCAGCGAGGCCUACAUCGCGGAGAAUGUGCUAGUUCUGGACAUCUUCUUUGAGGCCCUUAACUACGAGAUGGUGGAGCAGAAGAAAGCCUAUGAAAUGUCAGAGCUGCUGGGCGACAUUGGGGGCCAGAUGGGGCUGUUCAUUGGGGCCAGCCUGCUCACCAUCCUGGAGAUCCUGGACUUCCUCUGUGAGGUGCUCCAUGACAGAGUCCUGGGCUAUGUCUGGAACCAAAGACGCUCCCAAAGGCAUUCCAGCACCAAUCAGUGUCAGGAAGGGCUGGACAGCUAUCAGGCCCAUGUUCCGCCCCUCAGCCUGAGCCACAGGCCUCCCACCAAGACUCUCUCUGCCUCCCAUCGCACCUGCUACCUUGUCACCCGGCUCUAGACCUGCUCUCUGGGACCUGGAUAUUCUGGACGUGUCCAAUCGACAAGUGUUUUUGA